CUUCCGGGUGUCUUCAAUGGGAAAAUCCUUUUUUUGUAUGUCCUAAGCGAGACAAUUUGAUAUAUUUAAGGUCAUAAAACGCUUUAAACAUGAACAGAAUAUUUGGACGCGGGAAGCCCAAAGCGCCUCCUCCGAAUCUGUCGGACUGUAUCGGCACAGUGGACGCCAGGUCAGAGUCCAUAGAAAAGAAAGUAGCGCGCUUAGAUGCUGAACUUUUGAAAUACAAGGAUCAGAUGAAAAAGAUGAGAGACGGGCCCUCAAAGAAUAUGGUGAAGCAGAAGGCGAUGAGAGUCCUGAAGCAGAAGAGAAUGUAUGAAAGUCAGCGGGAGCAGCUGGCUCAGCAGUCGUUUAACAUGGAGCAGGCGAACUACACCAUCCAGAGCUUAAAAGACACCAAAACAACAGUAGAUGCCAUGAAGAUUGGUGCAAAGGAAAUGAAAAAGGCCUACAAGGACGUCAAAGUUGAUCAGAUUGACGAUUUACAGGACCAGCUGGAAGACAUGAUGGAGGAAGCAAACGAGGUGCAGGAAUCCCUGAGCCGAAGUUACGGCACUCCAGAGAUUGACGACGAGGAUCUGGAAGCGGAGCUGGAUGCGCUAGGUGAUGAGCUGCUCCUGGACGAUGACAGCUCCUACUUGGAUGAUGCCUCAGCUGCCCCAUCGAUCCCAGAGGGAGUCCCCAGUGACAGCAAGACAAACAAGGAUGGUGUUUUAGUGGAUGAGUUCGGACUGCCGCAGAUUCCCGCCACAUAAACAAGGAAUGGAUUGAAAUAACUGCACUUCAACUGAAACCACUUUUCUAUGUAGAGUAACAUUUAUACAGGUGUAACCAUUUGACCUGAGAACACUACGAUUUUGCAGCCGUCCUGGUGUCUGGUUGUGUAUUGUUACUACUACCGUGCUAGCAUGUGGCCUUGUAACAUACUGAAACUCUUUUAAAACAUGAUUCCCUCAUAUUUUCAAGCAGCCAUCCUCGCUAAGUUGACAGUGUCAUUCAUCAGUGUUAAAACGUAAUUAUUUGUAUAUUUUAUUAGUUGUAUGUAUUGUUUAGUCAUUCAUUACAGUUUUGGUUUAGUACUGGGAUACUGUAAAUGUGCAAAAUAAAUUAUGUGUUUUACCUUAA